GAUUCCGACAUUUCCGACAUUCUCUGAAGGCAGCAUCAGCUCCAUCCAGGAGAGCAUCCAUAGAUACAGUUGUUCGGUGGAGAGGGCCGACACACUGCAACAGCCACCGGUCGUCGUAAGGGAGUUACCAGUCGUUUCCCUGCUACUCUGGAUCCUCGAAAUACCGUAAACAACAACAGUCAUCAUGGCGGAAGCCCACCAGGCGGUGGCCUUCCAGUUUACGGUCACUCGAGAGGGCAUUGAUCUGCAGCUGUCCCACCAGGCCUUCACUGAGAUCUACCUCUCUGGUGUGCGCUCCUGGAAGAAACGCAUCAUCGGACUAAAGAACAGCGUGGUCACGGGGGUUUAUCCUGCUAGUCCUUCCUCCUGGCUGUUUGUGGUCAUAGCAAUCCUGGCUACUAUGUACACACGCUCCGACCCCUCCAUGGGACUCAUAGCCAAGAUACAGGAGAACCUGCCAGUCAGCCAGUCUAUGAGUAACCAGUGCCAGACGUUGGUGUCAGCAGUACUCUUCAGCACCAUGCUAUGGCUCUUGCUCAUCUUCACCAUGCGCAUGUGCCUCAAGCAGCUGCUCUCGUACCACCGCUGGAUGUUCGAGAAGCACGGCAAGAUGUCUAACACCACCAAAGUCUGGGUGGCGCUGGUGCGGAUCUUCUCUGGCAGAAAGCCUCUGCUCUACAGCUACCAGGGUUCCUUGCCAAACCUGCCUGUGCCUGCCAUCAAGGACACAGUCCAGAGGCACUUAGAGUCAGUGCGUCCUCUGAUGGAUGAUACAGAGUAUGAACGUAUGACCAUGCUGGCGGCAGAGUUUGAGAGCAGCCUCGGAAAUCGCCUGCAGUGGUACCUCAAACUCAAAGCCCUCUGGGCCACCAACUACGUUAGUGACUGGUGGGAGGAAUAUGUCUAUCUGCGUGGACGGAGCCCAAUAAUGGUCAACAGUAACUUCUAUGGCAUGGACUUCAUGUAUGUGACGCCCACACCCAUCCAGGCGGCCAGGGCAGGCAACAGCCUUCACGCGCACUUCCUAUACCGCCGAAAACUCAACAAAGAGGAGCUUAAGCCUACCCGCAUACCAGGCACUGUCAUUCCUCUGUGUUCAGCUCAGUGUGAGAGGCUAUUCAACACCACACGCAUUCCUGGAGAGGAGACCGACACUCUGCAACAUUGGCAGGACAGUGACUACAUAGCGGUAUACCACAGGGGUCGCUACUUUCGUCUCAGGAUGUACCAGGCAGGCAGACUCCUGUCGCCCAGGGAGAUUGAAUCCCAAAUUCAGAGCAUCCUCGAUGACCCUUCACCUCCUUCUAAAGGAGAGGCCAAACUGGGGGCCCUGACCGCUGGAGACAGAAUUCCAUGGGCUGAAGCCAGGAAGAAGUACUUCAGCAGUGGGGUCAAUAAACAGUCUCUGGACUGCAUUGAGAAAGCCGCUUUCUUUGUGUCCCUGGAUGACGACGAACAGGGCGUGAUGGCAGAUGACCCGGCUAGUUUAGAUUCAUACGCCAAAUCCUUGUUGCAUGGGAAAUGUUAUGACAGGUGGUUUGACAAGUCCUUCACAGUUAUUUACUACAAGAAUGGAAAAAUGGGGGUGAAUGUCGAGCACUCGUGGGCUGAUGCACCAGUGUUAUCACACCUAUGGCAGCAAACCUUGUCCACUGACUGUUUCCAGCUCGGUUACAAUGCGGAGGGUCACUGCAAAGGAGAAGUGGAUUCUUCUCUCCCACCACCACAGAAGCUGAACUGGGAAAUCCCUCCAGAGUGUGAGGAGCAGAUCUCCCAGUCUCUGGCAGUGGCCCAGGCCCUGGCUGACGAUGUGGACUUGCACGUUUUUUCCUUCCAAGACUUCGGCAAAGGAAAGGUCAAGAAGUGUCGAGUCAGUCCAGAUGCUUUCAUCCAGAUAGCUCUUCAGUUGGCCUACUACAGGGACCACGGGAGAUUCUGUUUGACGUACGAAGCCUCCAUGACCCGUCUGUUCAAGGAGGGCAGGACCGAGACGGUUCGCUCCUGCACAAACGAGAGCAGUGCCUUUGUCCGAGCUCUUGAGGGAGGAGAGGUUGCACAUGUGUGCAGGCGUUUGUUCCACGAUGCGUCAGAAAAGCACCAGCAUCUAUACCGCAUGGCUAUGACUGGAGCUGGCGUCGACAGACAUCUCUUUUGCCUCUACGUGAUGUCCAAAUACCUCGGAGUGGAGUCUCCUUUCUUGAAAGAGGUGCUGUCUGAGCCCUGGCGACUGUCCACCAGUCAGUCUCCAAUGCACGUGGAGAUGUUUGACAUCGUCAACCACCCAGAGUACGUCUCCUGUGGAGGGGGCUUUGGACCGGUGGCUGAUGACGGUUAUGGGGUGUCCUACUCCUUCAUGGGGGAGAACAUUUUAAACCUCCACAUCACGUGCAAGCACUCAUGUCCUGACACCAAUGCCCGUAAGUUCGGCGCUCAGAUCAAAAAAGCCCUGCACGACCUGCUACACCUGCUGAGCCCCAACCAAACAGAGUUUAACAGGAUGGAGGAGAAGCGGCCAGAGGUCAAGAAAAACCUGUAGGUGGAUACUCAGGGGAAAGGAAUGCUGAAGGAAAGGUGUGCAAGCAUAACAUUGUGAAGGGAGCAAAGACAGGGUUUGUUUUUCCUCGUGCAUUGGGGGGGGGGAAUUGUAUAGACAGCCAGAUGAUAUUAAAGGGACACUUCCACUGGGAAACUAAUAAAAUGGAAGUGAUGUUUUUACUGAUAUGUGUGUAUAUGUGUGUAUAUUAGGUGGUUUGUGAGAAGCAAAAGGGUCCAUAGAAUAACCAGUGAAGAAGUGUGAGUCAAGUACAGUACGGUUUACUUUUAACAGUCAAACCGUUGGAAAACGUUAUUAAUGUGACAUGUUUGGAUUAUUAGAAAAAAAGGCCAUUAUGAAAAGUUAGGGUAGAAAUUCCUUAACACUUCACCUUAUUGCAGGGAGUAAUUGAAUAUCAAUUGAAGUGCAGUAUGUUUCGUGCCAUACUUCUUGUGCCACAAGUUUCUCUGUCGUUCAUUUGUUUGUGAGAUGCAUCUCGAGUCUCGGCGCAUUGGCACAGAGAGAAAACAUGCAGGACUGUUGAGGUGAUUUCAGUUUUUUGCCAUAUGAAUGCAACAUCGCUGUAACAGUGACCCCCCCCCACACGUUUUGAAAUCUUGGAAGUCCGUGACUUCUCAGUGUUUACUCGUUAUGUAUAAAUCUGCUUUCUA